UCACCCUCUCCGCGCUCGGUGACGCGAUCGUCUUCUUCCCGCUUGAAUUCGGCGGCGUGAGAUCCCCGGAUGCGUGUGUCUCCUUUUCAUCCUCCACGCGCUGGCUUCCUUGAGUGUUCACCUCACCAAGAACCUUCAUGGCUUCCCGAGCCGACCCGGCUGCUGGUCAUGCAGCCAUGCAUGCCUGCCCUCAGUGCUCUAAGAAGUUCUCCCGGCUCUGUGACUUGAACAAGCAUUCAAAGUCUCAUACUCGCCCUUACAAGUGCAACGACUCGAGCUGCAAGUACCAUACGCUCGGCUGGCCGACUGCGAAAGAGCUGGAGCGACAUUACAAUGACAAACACUCCACCACGCCACGCACCUUUCCCUGCUCCUUCCCGCCGUGCACCUACUGGUCCAAGCGAGAAUCCAACUGCAAGCAGCACAUGGAGAAGGCCCAUGGCUGGAAAUAUGUCAAAAGCAAAUCGAAAGACAAGCGACACGCCGCACGGGAGAAACCCGCCGACAGCGAUCCCGGCCCAGGGGAUUGCGGCAUGGCUUCUAAGAUGGACCAUGGCACUUCGGUGCCCUCGUCCUCUCCUCCCUCCAUAGUGACGUCCGGCAUGGAUUUUGUCCUCUUUGACAAUAACCAGGCCGACGCCUUCGGGGAUGACGAUAACCACCUCUACCCCGGUUACGGUGAUGCCCCUGACUCACAAUCCUAUCUGCCUUGGUCGUCACCCACGACUCGGCUGCGGAAAAACGAACAGAUCAUUGAGACCUUCAGCCAAACUUACGAAGGCCUCCAAGAGAAACCAAGCAUGGCCAGAGGCACAAUCGACACUGAAGGCGACUCGAUCUCUUCCAACUUCGCACUCUACGACAUCCGACACCAUCAGCAGGUCGAUUGCCAUGAUCAGAAUCUCGGUGAAACUGCGAUCAAGGUCGAAUCACCGGCCAUUACUGUCGAUGACGUCUCCCCAGCGAAGAGGAAGUACGAGCUCGUUGACGCACAUCCAACUGACGCGGCGCUUACAUUCUCGACACCCAGCGUUGGCCAGCAGCAUGACCGCAGAGGCAGAGCGUGUCGGGGACCAUUGAUUAGGUCAUGUGCAGGCUCUAAAUACGGAGACGGCGGCGGCGAAGGCGGCUGUCAGCCAAGGAAAAGGCCAAAGCUCAACCCUGUCGAGAGCUUCACAGACACGAGCAUGCCUGACAUCUUCCGCUAUGCCCACCCCGAUAUAUACGACAGGAGCCGAACCGAGAAGUACGCGCCAUGCCACACUGCUCAUCGAGAGAUCUCAACACUAGUACCUGCCCACCGCCUCAAGGUCACAGAGCGAGCCAUAUCCUCCUUUGAUAUCCUCGACCCGGCCUUCAGGCACCCGAGGGUAGGCGUCUGCCGGUCUUGCUGGGAGACCUUUCGAGACCGAUUAGCUUUCGAUCACCACGUGUCUCGUCCUUGUCAAAAGGUCUCGAAAGGGAAGCAAGAGAAAUGGCGCGUCCUGUUCAACAGCUUUACUCCGCUACACGGUUCAACAGUCCCCGACGUUUCAAGCGACUCCGGCCAGCAGAUCGAUGAACAAUUGCAAGUUUUUUCUGGUCACCUGGAUUGUUCGCCGGCUUGCAAUCGGAGCGUUAGCUCCGAUGAGGCCGGCACCCCUCCGACAUCUGUUCCAUCUGCCGCCGUCCUCCAAAUUGCAGGCUCUGCGUCGCCGGGUACCAAAAACGUGCAAUCCAUAUCUGCGUACGAGCAUGAGAAGCUGCAGAGGGAACAUCAAGCCUUACGCGAAAGACACCAGCAGCUUGAGCGGAUGACACAGGCGCUUUUGAUUCAACGGCUUAUCCAGGAGAGCACGAAUCACACAGCGGUGCCCGGGUCUGACGUCAAGCCGCCAGUACCGAGCUCAUCCAAGAACAACCGUCUUCGCAGCUCGCCCCCAACGUCAGAUCGCGACAGCCUCGUCCAGCACAUGAAUUCACUGUCCACCGAUGUCGAUGUCUACGGCUUCAUGCAGGAGAUGGAGGAUACCCGCCAGACCCUGUCUAGAAUUAACUCUGGCUUGAGCACGGCGUCUCGCUCAACUAUCCACCAUGUCCCGCCGAGUCCACCCUCCCAGCCUGCCGAGCUGUCAGGUCUUAAAGGCGGCGGCUUUGAGAAUCAUCAGGCCAAACACUCCCCUUCCCAUCGGGCGCCCCUCCCAUCAAUUCCCGAUUCAGGCUACGGCACUGAACAGCGGCGCGGCAGUCUGGGCGAUCUUCCCGUAGGCGCAGGACAGUCAGCUCCGGCAAAGCCACCGAUACCGCCGUCGACUGCCGAGGCGGCCGAAGGGGUUAGAAAGGCGCAUACUAUGAUGACGCCUCUUACAAUCUAUUUUAUCAAGACAACAUGCAACACUCGCGCUCUCCGCCGGACGGGUUUUCGUUUGAGUUUUCCUCGCACGUAGAAUAGCAGCGGCGCGUUUGGCUAGAGGGAUCGGAG